AUGUUGUUUUAUUAUUACACUCUUUUAAUUUUUUUAACACUUCAGACUUUAAUAAAAUCCUCAUAUUCUUUCAUAUUUAGUACACAUUUCCACCUCAACGACUUGUAUCAUAAUAAUUUGUACAAUAAUCUUUAUAAUAAUAUCAAUGAUAAAAACAUAUAUAAUAAUUCCAUUAAUGGCGGGAAUGUGCAUAAUUGGUGUGUAUAUGCCACAAAGAGUAAGUUGAAGGCUGUAAGAAAGUUUACACGUGACCGUCCCAAGAAGACCACCCCUGCUGCUAUAUAUCCCUCCCCAACCUUGUACUACGGAAAUGUGCAUGACCACUUUGGCGCUCCACCGGAGUAUUUGCCUAUUCCAGUUCAGGAUACGCUGGAUUUUCUGAGAAACGGGAGACUUUCAGAGUUAAUUUCACUCUUAAAGGCUGGAAUUACUGGAUCAGAACUCUCAAAACUGCUCUCUGAUAAUUCCUUCCAUGAAGCCCUUUCUAAGGAACUCGAAUCCAUCAAAGAUAUUUCAGAGUUUCAAAAUGAUGAUGUGAGUAAUGAUUUAUAUUUGUAUUUUGAUCGUGUGAUAAAUAAACCUGAAGAGUAUGACCACUAUGUUGAUAAAUUUUACACCCUCAAAAGGCUACAGUCAUAUUGGGCUGAACGUGAACAGAAAUUGUACAACACAACCUUCAGACAGCUAUUUUCUCGUCUAAGAAGCAUCGCUUAUAAGAUGAAAGACGCAGGAAUUCCUCUUGCCGAGUUUGCAAACCCAACACUGUGGCAUAAAUACGGUGUUUUCAAGCCUGUUCCAAACUGCAAAAUGGUUGAAAAUUACCUCAAGAAGCACCAAAUCGCUAUUAAUUUCGAUAUCAAAAAGUUGUACUUUAGGGAUGAAAAUGGUGAAAUUAAGUCUAAUUUUGAAAAUUUCUUCUCAAAACUGUACAAACCAGAUGAUUCCACCCAUAACUCUACCGAUAAUUCUGAUAAUUCAAAUAGUAAUAAUAAUAGUGAGGUUGAGGAUAGUUAUAGUUUACAUAUUGAUAAAGUUAUUGGCGAGACUGGGUUUAAUGUUGAUGAGAAUGGAAGACUUCCUGAGGAUUUGGUUGAUCGGAUAGUGGACGAUUUAUCUGAUCUGGGUGUACUUAAUCAUCAAGAGCCAUGGGCAAUUAAUCUUUCCAAGAUUGAGGAACUCCAGGAACAAUUCACUACUGAACAAUCUCAACAUGCAUAUGCGAUCCGGGAUUUUUACCUAUCACUCAAAUUUCCAGAUUAUAAAAUCGAAACUGAUCCUUACACUCUGGAAUCAUAUGUAAAUCAUGAAUAUCGUACAAAAACUUACGAAAGAGAUUUGCUGGUGAAGUAUAAGAAUUGGUUGAAGAGUGGUGCUCCUCGGGAGACAUUUAAGCCUAUGAACGAAAAGUACAAACAUUUGGCUAUCUGGCACAGCCUCUCGAAAAACCAGCGGAGGAAACUGGUUCAAAAAUAUUUAAAAACUCAAACUGUUCCAGUCAGCUAA